UUGGUCCGUGGGGAGAGGCAACUGUUAUGGAAGUGGCUGUCUCUUGAAUUUACUUCACUGUAUGUUCACUCACCCUACGUGGAAUAACGUCUUUGGGGAUUCACUGCUCGUUAAAUUAAUUUGGAAUAUAGAAACCGAUUGAAGAGCCCGACAGGACAUAGAAAGCACUAUCUAGAAAGAGCUCGCGCUUAUUUAUUUUCUCAUGACCGCUUCAUGUUUGUGGACAGAACGACAAAACAUACGCAGUUGUCUACUUGUGCACGCUGAAAUUGCGUAUCUGUCGGAAAGUUUGUUAUAGUUGCGGUACAUAUAAGACGCUCAAAAGUUGUUUAAUUCGUCUUGGAGUUCAGAUAUAGCCUGGCCAACGCUCGGUCGAAACAGGCAACUAUUUCUGCAUGUAAAUAUAUGGAUUGUAGUGUAUGGCCCUCGUUUGCAAUUGCAAAAUGCAAUGGGACUAAGUGAGGCCUUUCGACUGCAACAAUAUUUGCUUCACUUUCAAGCCUGAUGACCAGGUCUGGAAAAGACCAUCAAAAAUGUGAACCGCUGAUUGAUAAUCGACCAGAUUAAUUUUUGCACCAGUAGCAAUGGAGCGGAGCAAACGGAACUCCAUUGCUGGGUUUCCCACACGGCCAGAUCGGCUGGAGGACCUGGAUUGUGGAGGAGGAGCAGAAACCGGUCCGGCAUCACUGGACAGGGUGUGUCCCUCUUCUUACCGUGCCCUCAUCAGUGCCUUUUCUUGCCUGACCCGACUUGAUGACUUCAUCUGCGAGCGGAUUGGCUCUGGGUUUUUUUCAGAGGUCUACAAGGUGCGUCACAGAGCUUCGGACCAGGUAAUGGCCCUAAAGAUGAACAAGCUGAGCAGUAAUCGUGCCAACAUGCUGCGAGAAGUUCAGCUCAUGAACAGACUCUCCCACCCCAACAUACUCAGAUUCAUGGGGGUGUGUGUACAGGAAGGUCAGCUCCAUGCUCUCACAGAGUACAUUAAUGGUGGAAACUUGGAGCAGCUGCUGGACAGCAAUAAGUACCUGAGCUGGGCCACACGGGUCAAGCUGUCCUUGGAGAUCGCCAUGGGCCUCAGUUACCUACACUCCAAGGGCAUUUUUCACAGAGAUCUCACCUCCAAGAACUGCCUAAUCAAGUCUGAUGAGAAUGGAUACACUGCGAUCGUCGGAGACUUUGGCCUUGCUGAGAAAAUCCCCAGUCACGAUUUUGAGGGGGAGAAGCUGUCUGUGGUGGGAUCCCCAUUUUGGAUGGCUCCAGAGGUGUUAAGAGAUGAGCCAUAUAACGAGAAGGCUGAUGUCUUUUCGUAUGGCAUUAUUUUGUGUGAGAUCAUUGCAAGGAUACAGGCUGAUCCUGACUACCUACCGCGCACUGAAAACUUUGGCCUGGAUUACCACGCCUUCCAGCACAUGGUUGGAGAUUGUCCCCCGGACUUCCUUCAGCUCGCCUUCAACUGUUGCAAUAUGGAUCCAAAGCUCAGGCCCUCGUUCCCAGAUAUAGUAAAGAGGCUGGAAGAAAUCCAGAAAAAGCUGAAAGCUGAUGACUCUGAGAGGGAGAGGAUGCUACUAACUGCCGGAGAGGUUGAGAAAAAACCCAUGCCUAAAGGUCCAGGUGAAAAGGGUAUAAAGAGGUUAAAUCCUCUUGGUUUUCAGGAUGACAAGAUUCCACCCAAGUCCCCCCGUCCACGUCGCAACAUCUGGCUUUCUCGUAGCCAGUCUGACAUUUUCUCUCGUAAACCCGCCCGCAAAGUGAACGUCCAGGACCCUUACUACAACCCAGGACCUAAGGGCUUCACACAUGGGCUACCGAAAGUCAACCCUUUCAGUGCCAGAGAGGACUUAAAAGGUGGCAAGAUCAAGUUUUGCGACGUACCCAGCAAGUCGGUCUUCUCGCUCAUGUUUGAUUUGCACUCGCCUCACGGCAGUCAAAGCUCAUACCAGCCUCAGGCCAACAUCAGCACUGGUGCCUCUGGGAACAACUGCUCCACCUCCUGGACAGAGCCUUGGCAGCUGCCCGGUCGGCAAUGCCGUUCGCUGCCUGUCUCUCCCCAGCUCCCCCACUCAGAAGUCUUAUUCUCAUCUCACCCCAUGUCCAGGAGCGAGGCUGGACAGCCCAGCGGCGAAUGCCGGCAAAGAGCGCUAAGCAGCUGGGCUAAGAAGUUCGCCGUAACCGAGAUCCCUCCAUACAGGCCGCGAGCCGACAAAGAGGAGGAAGUCGGGGCGGCAGAGGACUGGUCUUCUCGUGUACCCUCUGAUGGAGGAGAAGCAGAGGCCAUGGACUGCUCCAGCAGCAGAGGAAGCCCUGCGGAUGAAAAGGACACAAUCCUCAGCCAGAUGCACAACGGAAGCCUCGGUGGCUUCUGCGAGGACAUGGAGGCUGAAGAUCAGGAUGGCAUGAUGAUCUCCAACAAGAACUCGCUCACGCUAAGCAUGUCUGUGGAGCCAGAGGAACUCUGUCCGAUAGUCCUCACAGCCUGCAAAGCCUCGUCUUCAGGAGGCCGCAUCUCCAGAUGUGAUAUCUAGAUGGUCUAGAAGGGAGUUUGGUCAUGCAGAGAUUAUAUUAAUUCAAUAUUUAAUACGAUAAUAAGUUGUAUAUGUUGUUCCUUGAGGGGGAAGGAAACCCUUGUAACUUAAGCUAAAAGGGCGGCUUGGACUGAACACGGGAGCAGGAAACAGAGGUGUGAAACACUGAUCCGGUCCAUGCGUUAGAAGUCUGCCAUCACACUAUGUAGAACUCAAACAGAGGGAGAUAAAAUGGACAUCACUUCGCACAGGGCUAAUGAUGAGACACAUUCUGUUUUUCUGUAUAAUACAUGCUAUUGGUUGCACCACAAUUAUUAUUUUUUUUAAUUACAAAUUUUGUCCACAAACUUUAUCCAGUGUAUAUUUAAGUGGGCAGCUUUGGCCAUUUCUAGGUGUUUGAAUUUUUUUUCUUAAGUUAACGGAGCUCAAAUCUCUUUGAGAAAGGUGAUUGAGUGUCUUUUUGCACUGCAUGGGCCUAGCAGAAAAUCCACAGCAAACAUUCCAUGUCUCGCAUCUUAAAAGCUCCCGUUUUUGUCCUACGCUAACGGUGUGUGCCAUGGCAAUUUCAGAGCAAUUUUCACACUUUGACCUCUCAGGUCUUCAAAUAAAAAAUAAAGUCCAUGUCUGUAUCUACUUAAAAUUGUAAUUGCACUUGAAAUAAGUUAAUGGUUUGAACUUUUUUUUUUAAUCUGUUAUGUCACUACAUUUCUAUGCAAUGAAUUUAACCAAGGCAUGAUAGUUUUAUAGAGAGGAUUUAUUUUGAUAUUUAUAAGGAGAAAAAAUAAUUUUACUAUGUCUUCAUUGUCUGUGAACUGUUUAAACUGUUGUUUAUAUAAACUGAUGAAUAGAAAUUUCUGUACAUGUUGAAAAUGGUCAGUUCUUGCUAGUUUAUUCUUAACUAUAUUUUUCUGCUUUUUCAGUCCUGACUGUUUUCUCAACACUUUUAGAUUGUAGAUUUGUAAAUGAAUGAGAAAGAGAUGUAUAUUUCUACCAAAGACAGAUCAGGACUUGUUUUCCCCAUUUAUAUGGCUUUAAUUGUUCAAAUGCAUGUGUGUAUUCCCAUUUGGUAAAAAUAAAUUUAAAAUGUCUUAAUUGA